AGCGAGGGAUGCUGGGUCCUGGGGCAUCUGCCUGUUCCAUCCUCUCCUGAUUUGCCAGGUAUCCUAGCAACGCUGCUGCCAGUUGCCUAGCAACCAGGUCCCCACUCUUGGAGAAGGUGCUCGGAGCAGGGUCUGAGCUGUGUGGGGAGAGGUCUGGUUUUCCUGCAAAGCUCGUGCAGGAAGUACAACCCCAUGACCGGGGGGGAGCUGGUGAUUCAGCUCAGGGGUCACCCGCGCAGCCCUGACCUGUGACCUUUCAUCUCAGUGGAUCAGGCGUGGGACCCCCGUGCUGAGGAGGAGGCAACUCUGAAGGGGCCAUUCAGCCGUGUGGGUGCCAGGGGCCUGUCUGCGGGAGUGAUGCUCAGGCACUGAUCUGGGGCCCAGCUGUGGCAGAGGUGCCCUGGGCGUGUCUCCAAGUGACGAACAGACCCGGGUUUCACCCCGUCUCUGCCACUGUGACAGGUGGCCUCACACCUCUGAGGCUUCGUGCUCUCAGCAGUGGCCGGGUAUGGUGGGGGUGACUGAGCCCCAGGAGCACACAGCAGGUGCUGGGCCAGUGCCGCGUCCUGGACCCAAGCAUCUUACCCGCUUGUUUACAACGAAGCUUUGAUCUGUCGAGAGCUGGCCAGGUGGGGGCAUUUCGGUGUGCCGGGAGCCCAGCUGGGGGGUCCGGGCCAGUCUGUCCAAGGCUGUGUCUCCAUGUGAGUCGUGGUCCCUGUGUCUGUGUGUCCUUGUGUGUGUCUCUCUGUCCUGUGUCUCCAAUCCUGUGUCUGUGAACCCGUGGGCAUCUCUGUCCGUGUGUCCUGGCCUGUGUGUGUGUGUCUGUCUGGGGUCUGUGGGUCUGAGCCUCCUUUUUCAUCUCUGUUUGUGUGUCCUGGACUGUGUGUCUGUCCCCGUCCAGCGUGGGGCCGGCGCAGCCCUGGGUGCGGUGACCCACCUUCCCGCAGCGCCCCCCUGCUCCAGCCUGCGUAGCCCCUCCCCUUCUGGAGCUGCAGCCUCCUCCCCCUCCCCCCCAGCUUCGGGCUGCCGGCUCACUCGGCUGCUGCGCUGCGUCUGGUCUGGCGUCUGCUGACAAGAUCCUCUUCUACCCUGCUCUGCACCUGUGCUCGACUGCCGGCCGGCUGAGGGCGGGGGUCUCCACGGUGGUCCCAGCUCCCAAGGAGGUUGCAGAGGUACUGUACAGAGUGGAUUUGCAGGGCAGUGGCAUGGAGCCUCUCUUCCCCGCCCCGUUCUGGGAGGUUAUCUAUGGCAGCCACCUUCAGGGCAACCUGUCCCUCCUGAGCCCCAACCACAGUCUGCUGCCCCCGCAUCUGCUGCUCAAUGCCAGCCACGGCGCCUUCCUGCCCCUCGGGCUCAAGGUCACCAUCGUGGGGCUCUACCUGGCCGUGUGUGUCGGAGGGCUCCUGGGGAACUGCCUUGUCAUGUACGUCAUCCUCAGGCACACCAAAAUGAAGACAGCCACCAAUAUUUACAUCUUUAAUCUGGCCCUGGCCGACACUCUGGUCCUGCUGACGCUGCCCUUCCAGGGCACAGACAUCCUCCUGGGCUUCUGGCCGUUUGGGAAUGCGCUGUGCAAGACAGUCAUUGCCAUUGACUACUACAACAUGUUCACCAGCACCUUCACCCUGACUGCCAUGAGUGUGGAUCGCUAUGUAGCCAUCUGCCACCCCAUCCGUGCCCUCGACGUCCGCACGUCCAGCAAAGCCCAGGCUGUCAAUGUGGCCAUCUGGGCCCUGGCCUCUGUUGUUGGUGUUCCUGUUGCCAUCAUGGGCUCGGCACAGGUCGAGGAUGAAGAGAUCGAGUGCCUGGUGGAGAUCCCUACCCCUCAGGACUACUGGGGCCCUGUGUUUGCCAUCUGCAUCUUCCUCUUCUCCUUCAUCAUCCCCGUACUCAUCAUCUCUGUCUGCUACAGCCUCAUGAUCCGGCGGCUCCGUGGAGUCCGCCUGCUCUCGGGCUCCCGAGAGAAGGACCGGAACCUUCGGCGCAUCACUCGGCUGGUGCUGGUGGUGGUGGCUGUGUUCGUGGGCUGCUGGACGCCUGUCCAGGUCUUCGUGCUGGUCCAAGGGCUGGGGGUUCAGCCGGGCAGCGAGACUGCGGUGGCCAUUCUGCGCUUCUGCACGGCCCUGGGCUACGUCAACAGCUGCCUCAACCCCAUCCUCUAUGCCUUCCUGGAUGAGAACUUCAAGGCCUGCUUCCGCAAGUUCUGCUGUGCAUCUGCCCUGCGCCGGGACGUGCAGGUGUCCGACCGUGUGCGCAGCAUUGCCAAGGACGUGGCCCUGGCCUGCAAGACCUCUGAGACGGUACCGCGGCCCGCAUGACUAGGCGUGGACCUGCCCAUGGUGCCUGUCAGCCCGCAGAGCCCAUCUACGCCCAACACAGAGCUCACACAGGUCACUGCUCUCUAGGCUGACACACCCUGGGCCCUGAGCAUCCAGAGCCUGGGACGGGCUUUUCCCUGUGGGCCAGGGACGCUCGGUCCCAGAGGAGGACCUAGUGACAUCAUGGGACAGGUCAAAGCAUUAGGGCCACCUCCAUGGCCCCAGACAGACUAAAGCUGCCCUCCUGGUGCAGGGCCGAGGGGACACAAGGACCUACCUGGAAGCAGCUGACAUGCUGGUGGACGGCCGUGACUGGAGCCUGUGCCCCUCCCUCCCCGCGCUUCAUGUGACUCUUGGCCUCUCUGCUGCUGCGUUGGCAGAACUCUGGGUGGGCACGCACCCGGAGGAGGAGCAGCAGCUGUGUCAUCCUGUGCCCCUCAUGUGCUGUGUGCUGUUUGCAUGGCAGGGCUCCAGCUGCCUUCAGCCCUGUGACGUCUCCUCAGGGCAGCUGGACAUGUUUGGCACUGCCCGGGAAGUGCAGCAGGCAGCUUUUCUUUGGGGUGGGACUUGCCCUGAGCUUGGAGCUGCCACCUGAAGGACUUGCCUGUUCCGACUCCACCUGUGCAGCCGGGGCCACCCCAGGAGAAAGUGUCCAGGUGGGCUGGCAGUCCCUGGCUGCAGACCCCGAGCUGGCCCUGGGCCAGCUGCACCUCUGAAGGUUUUCUGUGUGCUGCACUGUGCAGGCCUCAUCCCUGACUGCAGCUUGACUCUGGGCCCAACCCCCAUUUCCCUUCAGGAGACCAACGAGAGGCCCUGGCCCAUUCCCUCCAGUGGUGCAAUGAACUAUCAUGCUGUGGACCGUCUACCGAGCCCUGCUUCUCAGUGUGGGGCAGGUGUCUCAGGACGAAGGCGCCGCGUGACCACAUGGGCAGCUCUGUUGUUCACAAAGUGGAGGCCUCGUUUUCCUGGUCUUGACUGCUCUGUUUGGGUGGGAGAAGAUUCUCUGGGGGUCCCCACAUCCUCCCAAGGCUCCCCUCACAGCCUCUCCUUUGCUUGAAGCCAGAGGUCAGUGGCCGUGCUGUGUUGCGGGGGAAGCUGUGUGGAAGGAGAAGCCGGUGGCCACAGCAGAGUCCUGCUCUGGGGACGCCUGCUUCAUUUACAAGCCUCAAGAUGGCUCUGUGUAGGGCCUGAGCUUGCUGCCCAACGGGAGGAUGGCUUCACAGCAGAGCCAGCAAGAGGGGUGGGGCUUGGCAGGGCUUGCUUGAGCCAAACUGCAAAGGCUGUGGUGGCUGUGAGGACACUGCGGGGGUGGGGGUGGGGGUGUCUGUACCUCAGGGGAUGCCCCGCUGUGGUCACCCAGAGAAUCACCCUUCCUGGUCUACAGAUGGAAGCUGCAGGUUGGUGACUUUGCAAAUGCACUUCCUACAGAUGAACUAUUAAAAGACCUGCAACAUUGAAAAAACUCAUUUUUUCCACCAAAACCUUGGCCAGGUAACCUACCUUAGGCACCUGCAAAGAACAGGAAGUGAUGGCUGUCUCGCAACAGAGCCUGGGCUGCUCCUCCUGCUCUGGGGAGUCUAGGCCGUGGGGACUGUUCUGGGGAGGCCCAUGCUGUCUCCAUGACGUCUGUGGCAGGAGUCUCUGAGGACGGGAGCUGCCUAGCUACAGUUUUCUUGCCAAGGCGAAGUGUUUUGUGAAUCUGUGCUGAUGUAAUGUGCACCUUCACGUAUUUAUGCAUGUAGCAAGCGUUACUUCCUGUGCACGUAGCCAGCCCUGGGUCUGUCUCUGGGGUAAUGAAAAUGGACCCUAAUAAACACCUGCUCACCGGCUGGUUAUUCUUCGUAA